CGUAAAUCUGCCUAUAAAAUAUACCAUUUCAAUUUACAGUUUUCAUCAUCACCUUUUAAAGUUGAUUCGAGUGAUAAGUUACAAACAAAAAUGCAAAUAUUUGUGAAAACUCUUACGGGUAAAACCAUCACCCUUGAGGUUGAAACUAGUGAUACCAUUAACAACGUCAAGGCUAAAAUCCAUGACAAAGAAGGCAUUCAACCCGAUCAACAGCGUUUCAUCUUCGCCGGAAAGCAGCUUGAAGACGACCGUACUCUUGCCGAUUACAACAUCCAGAAAGAAUCGACUCUUCACUUUGUCCUAAGGCUGAGAGGAGGAGGAUACGGAACAUUGUCACGUUAUCAACCAAGUUUAUUGGCUUUGGCUCAGAAAUAUAAUCAACACAAGAAGGUUUGCCGCAAGUGCUAUGCUCGGCUGCCUUUGAGGGCUACAAACUGCCGCAAGAAGAAAUGUGGACAUACCAAUGAGAUAAGGGCUAAGAAGGUUUAUUUGGCGAAUGGGAAGGCCGGAGCGCGGUGAUCUUGCUCAGAAGCUAUGAUUAAGUGUAAAAUUAGGGACAACAUUUAUGUAGAAUUAAAGUAUUGGAAUAAGCAUUUGAUGAUGCAUAUAAACUUCUUAGAAGUUAUAUUAUGUGAUUAAUAGUAGAGUACUCCGUAUACCGUAUUACCUUCAUUUGAUCACCUUUUCGAUCUUAGGCUUGUCAAAUUUUUGUUAGUUUAUAGUGAGUUUAUCUCAUGUAAUCAAUAAAGUUGUUUUUUUUAUGGUAAUCUUUGAAAUGUCCACCUUUAACCAUCAAAUUCAAGUAUGUUAAUGUGUAGAUAGAUACUUUUGCCUAACAAACCACCCUUAAAUUAAAAAAAAAAAAAAAAAAAAAAAAAAAC